ACAUGAUGUUGGUCCUCGGACCUCACAUGAACUGGCAGGAGAUGCUGUGCCCAGCACCUCUCUCUGUGUGUCUCCUAGGACAACUGGUUCUCGUCACACUGGACAAGGACGUGUCUCUUGUGUCGGAACAUAUGACAAGAGAGCGAUUCAAACACACCGAGUACCCAGAGUCUCUGCGGACCAGCAUUCUGCAAGUUGCUGAUGACGGAUGGAAUGCCUUCAACCUGGCUAACAAAAACAUGGAUCAGAUACGACUGCUGACACUGCAGAUUCCUCAGCAUGUCAAGAACGCUGUCAAGUUCAUUGUCAAUGGGUCAGAAAUGGAAGUGCGCAAACUCGUCCCCGAUUACUUGGCUAACAUUAAACGAAUUACUGACACUUGCGUUGUACGAGCUGAAGAAGUGGAGACACGAUUUUGUACUGUAAUGGAUUUGAUAGGAGAACUCCAGAAAGCAUGCACAUUUGCUGAAGGUCAGUAUUCUGAGAAACUCCUCAAAGCGGAAAAGGAUCAUGAGGUGAAGACAAUAAGACUGCAGUCAUUAGAAGAAAGAAAGAGGCUUGCUGAAGAGGAGUACAAUGAAUUACGUAACCAAUUUACAAAGGCCCAAGAAUCAUAUGCAAAAGCCAUGGACUCUAUGCCGUCUGGUUGGAGUAUGAUCAGUAUGGACUUCGUGGAAGGGCUGGCCAAAUGCACUCUUGGUGUCUGCCAAUCGGUCACCAAUGCUAUUUCAAGGAAGGCUGCAAAAAAAGAAUCCUCCAUGGGAAAGCAUGUGCAGAAAGAAGAAGACAAGGAAGCUCUACUGAUGAUGGAACUUCCAGGACUAUCGCUUUGUGUAAAGACUCUCGUUAGAGAUUUUGAAGAGAUUAUGCAGGGAACGGAAUUGGAUCAUCUCAUGACGGUCGAGUCAACCUUUGAGGACAUUAUUAAGGCUUUGAAAUCCUACUCGGGAGUAUGUAAGCAGAGAGUAAAGGACAUUAAAAAGGACGGAUGUAAGCUCAUUAAGAUAAUGAAGACUGCUGGCAAGCAGCUUGCCAAGGAAGAGGCACAGGAAAAUGAAGCAAAGAUGAUAGCAGGUAGGCUUGAAGGUAGAAUGAAAGCACUGGAGACAUUCUGUGCACAUGCAUUUGGAGAGUCAGUUCAACCACCAACACCCAUGAUGUCUACAAAAGAGCAGGAUAGUUCCAGUUCAGCUUCAGCAAGAUAUAGUGAGCAAUGUAGAUUCAAGGUGGAACAAAAUGCCGCUUCGCUUCAGUCAAUAAGGGAAGACUUCAAGAACAAAAGCAAAUCAUUGCAGGAAACCAAUGCCCAUGUGACAUCAGUCAUUGAAGAACUUGCACAUUUAAACCUUGACAAGACCAACUUUGAUGAAAUAAAACAGUUGCUGCAGAGAGGUAUCAAAGCUCUCGGACAGGUUCGAACACAGUGGGGAAAGCUGGUGAGAUUUUUCACAACAAUUUCAAACAUCAUCAAAUGCUGUAUGGAUGAAAAUGUAAAGAAUUUCAUCCAGGGCGCCGAGCGAGGUGCAGAGUUUCGUCUUGAGUACACGAUGUCCGAUAUGAUGAGGGACAUGAUCUAUAUACAAGCAUCUGAAGCCAACAAGCUGUCGUACAUGGUGAACAACCUGGCAGAGAUGUAUGUUGAAGUGUCGAGAAACAUUUGAUGGAUCAAGUGGCCAGCCUUGGGGAGCUUCUUGCGUUGGGUGCAGAGAACGACAAAGGUGCCGUCUCACGAAAGAUGUCCCAGUUGAAAAGACAGGCACAGGACGCCACAGUGUCUAUUGGGUUGAUUGUUGCCAAGAAGCAGCUGGAGUUUGACACAAAGGUGAAGAGGAGGAUAGAGAGGAUUGAAAGGGAGAUGAAAGCCGUCUUACCUCCGCCUCCAGC